UUCUACUGCUUUUCUCUCACUCUUCCCCUCUUGAAAUCAGUCAUGAGUGCAGAAAUCAGCAUCGGAUCCACAGAAGCUCCCCCUACAGCUGCAGUGGUGGUGGUGUCUCCUCAGAGUCCUUUUUACUCUGGAGAGAGAGUCACUCUGAGGUGUGAAGUAGCAAAGUACACAGACUGGAGUCAGUAUUACUGGUACAGAGACAACAGCCCAGUUCCAGGUGGAAACAGUGAGACCAUCACCAUCACACUCCCACAAGAGGCUGGUCAAUACCAGUGCUCUGGACAGAGGAAGGACCGUCCCCAGACAUCAUCUUUAAGUGAGCAUAGUCACAUUGAGUGCAAAGAAAAACCAAAGCCAGCAGUUAGAGGACCUCCACAGACCUGGCUGACUGAAGGAGACUCAGUGACUCUGAGCUGUGAGGUUACAGGCUCCACUACAGACUGGAGAUUCCACUGGUACAAGACUGCCCCCUACAGGCAUGGGUUGACAUAUUUUACAUAUGAAAGCAGAGCAUAUUAUGUAGAGCUGCUCUCAGAAAGCAUCAGAGGAGUUGGAGGCUCCUACACUCUCAGCCCUGCUGCUCUUAGACACACAGGGGGUUAUGUGUGCAGAGCAGAGAGAGGAGAGCCAGCCUAUCACACAGAGUUCAGCCAACCUCAGCCUCUCUGGGUCACAGGUCAUUCCCCUCCAUCCUCCCUGGUUGUCCAUCCCAAUAGAAAUCAUCAUUUUGAUCAUGAGUUUCUUUCCCUGAGCUGUGUGGGGAGCGUAAACUUAACUGGAUGGAGAUUGAGAUGGUUCACAGGAUGGUCAGAGAAUAAAAUGUGUCCCACUAGUUGGACAGAAGCAGGAUCCACCUGUAGAACAGAAAAAGCAAUUUCAUCAGACAGUGGAAUUUACUGGUGUCAGUCUGAGUCUGGAGAGCAGAGUAAUCCUGUCAACAUCACAGUGACUGGUAAUGUGAUCCUGGAGAGUCCUGUCCAUCCUGAGACUGAGGGAGAUCCUCUGACUCAGCGCUGUAGAUAUCGCUACCAGCCAUCAAACAUCAGUGCUGACUUCUAUAAAGAUGGGACACUCCUGCAGACCUCCACCACAGGAGAGAUGACCAUCCCUGCAGUUUCAAAGUCACAUGAAGGCCUCUAUAAGUGCAGCAACCCAGAGAGAGGAGAGUCACCUGUGAGCUGGAUCACAGUAAAGGUCCUAAUUGUGCCAGCUCCAUAUUCUGGAUCCUCUCUGCUGGUUCCAAUAGGCGGGGUUGUUGGACUGGUGAUCAUGGUUGUCCUCAUCAUAAUUCUGUUCCUGCUGUAUCGUUUCAAAAAGCUGAAAGCAGGUCUGGGUAUACAGACAACACCACCUGGUCAACAGCGGGAAUGUACCAAUCACAGAUCAAACCAGGACCAGAGUCAGCCUGGAGAAAGUGAUGGGGCUCAGUCAGAAUAUAUGCCAUUGCAAAGAGGUACCACGGAUGUCUAUGACACCAUUAAAGCAGAUUACAUGCCUCUACAACCAAGAAAUACAAACAUAUAUGAAACUUUGAAAAUUGCACACUAACAGUGGAUGAUGAGAUACCAUUCGCUAUGCAUAAUAUCUCAAUAUCACACAAUGGCAAUAUGUUUAAACAUGUUUUUUUUGUUUUUUUAAAUGCUGAAUUUUUACAUUUGACAUGUUUCUGAUGUGUACUGUAGAUAGAUUAUUAAUUGUUAGCAUAGCAUACUUAUUGUUUCUUUCUUAUUCCAGUUGUUUUGAUGUGUAUCAGCUUGGCCAAAAGUGUACCCUGCAUGGUGCAAAUUUGCCUUUGUUACAUUUGAGAUGCAGGCUUUUUGACUAAACUGGUGACUAAAAUGGUGAACUCCAUAUAGUUAAUGUUACAUUUUGACCAUUUAGAUCCUCUUUAAUAUAUCAACCAGAUUGUGUCUUUGACAAAGUAUGAUCAGUUCAAAAAUAUGUGUGCUCUCAU